AUGUCGUCACGCGUGUUCACAAGACUGUACCAUCCCAACAUGCUGGAGCAUGCCAUUCCAAAAGUUAUCAAACCUCUAACUUACGGUGCCGAUUCUGUGCAAUAUAAGGUCUUGUCAAAUACAAUUAAAAACCACGUACCCAGCCAAGGAUUCAACGAAAGAGCUAUUGUUCAGUCUUUGAACGAAUUGGGGCUCGGAUCGUCGUACCUUUCGGUGCUUGGAAGCGCCAAUUCCCCAUCUUUCUUCAACGUUUCUCCAGCAGUGCAGGAAUUGGUCAAGUUUCACCUCGUGACAAAACGUACCCAGCUCAUUAAUGAACUCCCAUUGGACACAGACAAGCCGCUCCCUGAUCUCGAAACGCUAUUUCUCCGGAGAUUGCAACUUAACGAGUCCGUCGCUCCCCAUUUGUCGCAGAUGCUAUCGAUCAUGUCGAUUCCAGGUGAAUUUAUGGUGCAAACGGCAUUGCCAGAAUUGCACCGUUUGACGGACGAUAUGAUUUUUUACUCGAACGAAACAGAUAACCAUGACUUCGCAUGGUACUCCAAGAGACUAGCCAUUUCCACUGCGUAUGUGUCCUCGGAACUGUUCAUGGCGCAGGACAAGUCGCACAACUUCUCAGAGACGAUGGAGUUCGCGCAAUCGAGAUUGGAAAACGUUAAAAAGAUGGGCAAAAUGUAUAAUAACACCGAGGAGUAUCUGUGGUUCACUCUCCUCAGUUCGAUCAACCUGGUAAAGUCUCAAUUGACAAGAGGAUGA